AUGGAAUAUUAUGACACUCACUGCAACGUUCCUUGUAUUCUUGAAAAGUACAAAAAAACAAAUUAUGAAGAUUAUUUAAAGAUAGUUGAGGAAACUUAUUGUAAGUUAGAUAAAAAGCCAACCUUUAAAGGUUGUGUAUGUGUUGCAAGCGACAAAGAAAGCCACCAACCGACAAAAGAAUUAGAGGAACAUGUUUACAGUGUAUAUGGAAUUCAUCCAUUGUAUUGUAACUCAGUCGAUGAAAGUAUUUAUGAAGAAAUUAGUUUAUUGAUUCAAUCAAAGAAAUGUGUUGCUCUUGGCGAGACUGGGCUAGAUUAUCAUGACUUUCCUGGAAUGAAUUAUGCUAAUAAAGACCAACAAUUAAUUGCCUUUAAAAAACAAUUAAGUAUUGCCAAACGAUUUAACAAACCACUUGUACUGCAUGUGCGAGAAGCAGAUGAGGAUACUAAACAAAUUAUGAAAGAGUUAAUUGAUCCAAUGACUUUUGUUGAUGUUCAUUGUUACACAGGAACAAUAGAACUUGCUAAAUGGAUAAUACAAGAAUUUCCAAAUGCGUUUAUUGGUAUUGCUGGUGUUGUUACAUUUAAAAAUGGUCAGAGUAUUAGGGAUUUAGUAAAAGUUAUUCCAUUAGAAAGGAUAUUAGUUGAAACUGAUGGACCUUUUAUGGCCCCAGUACCAUUUAGGGGAAAACCAUGUCAUUCUGGAAUGAUUCCAUGGAUAAUCAAAGAAAUUGCUCGAGUGAAAGAAGUUAAUGAAGAAGUUGUUUACAAACAAACAACACAAAAUGCUCAAAAGAUGUUUUCAAUAGAAUAA